CAGAUUAUAAUGCAGCAGAGAGGAACCUUGGGAGGAGGAGAAGUCACUUUGCCAUAAACUUCACACAGGAAAUUUGAGAUUCAGAGCAACUUAUAUUUUGGCUUGUAAUCGUCGAUCAUGGGGUGAUCCAGAAAUAAACUCCAGACUUCAAAGAGCGACAGAGUUCAGAGCUGCUCUGCAGUUUAUCAACAAAGGGAGACGAGUGCAGAGAUGCUUCUAAAAGGGAAUUUUCUGAAUUAAGAUUUCGCUAAGGAAAAUAAUUCUGGGUGAACUUUGUUUAUUACAGAAACUACAAGGUUUGUUUUUCGGUUCCCAUACUUUCUGCGUUAACUGGGAAGUGGAAGAUGGCGACGCAAGUCACCGUGGUGAGAAAUUCCCAGACCGGAACAAUAGGACAUGAGGAUUACAGUCUAUACAGCAGCAUGAGUGAAGAUGAGCUUAUUCAGAUGGCCAUAGAGCAAAGUCUGACAGAAGACCCUGCAGAACAAUUAGCCACUCAGAAGACAGUUUCAGCAGUCCCCAGAGAACAGGCCUUGUCCAAUCAACCUUGCAACCAUAAUCCACCAUUCCCAAUUUACCCUUGGCAAAGGCACACUGCACAGUCCAGAGGCCAGACUCAGCCUUCGAGCUUGGGGUCAACUCAAGGGGUAAGACGGAGGUACGACGGCAGCCUGUUCAGCCCACCCCAGCCAGAAGUGCCAGAUCCUUUGGUGUCGGCAAUCAAGGCAGGAGAUCAAAAUGCACUGAACAGAAUGAUCCAGUCAGGGAAAAACCUUGCACAGCCCAACAAGGAUGGAUGGUUGCCACUCCAUGAAGCUGCUUACUAUGGACGAGAGGGCUGCUUGAAAUUUCUGCAUAAAUCAUACCCUGGGACAAUUGAUCAGCGUACGCUUCAGGAGGAAACUCCACUCUACCUUGCGACCAACAGGGGGAACCUCGACUGUGUGAUUGCGUUGCUACAGGCUGGAGCAGAACCUGAUAUUGCAAGCAAAUCUAGAGAGACCCCACUUUAUAAAGCCUGUGAGCGAAAAAAUGUCGAAGCUGUACGGGUGCUGCUGCAGUACAAUGCUGACCCCAAUCACCGGUGCAAUCGUGGGUGGACAGCUCUCCAUGAGGCCGUCAGUCGGAAUGAUUUGGAAAUCAUAGACCUUUUGGUUAAAGGAGGUGCCAAGGUAGAAAUUGCAAAUUGCUAUGGGAUCACCUCUUUAUUUGUGGCAGCUGAGAGUGGCCACAUAGAAGCCUUGCGAUACCUUGCCAAGUGUGGUGCUGAAAUCAAUACCCAAGCCAGCGACAAGGCCACUGCUCUCUAUGAAGCAUCUAAAAAUGGGCAUACAAAGAUUGUGGAGUUUCUAUUGUCCCAAGGAGCUGAUGCUAACAAAACCAAUAAGGAUGGGUAUUUACCUAUUCACAUGGCCUCCAAAAAAGGCUAUUAUGAGAUUGUCAAAAUGUUGCUACCAGUCACCAGCCGCACUCGGAUCAAGCGCAGCGGCAUCAGCCCCCUGCAUUUUGCAGCUGAGAGCAACCGCGAUGAUGUCUUGGAAGAGCUGAUUGAGGCUGGCUUCGAUGUGAACGCCACCCUUUCUUUUGAGCGUGCCCGACUCUACGAGGACCGGCGUACCACCGUCCUCUACUUCGCAGUCAUCAACAACAAUAUCUAUGCUACUGAGCUGCUGCUUGAGGCUGGGGCCAACCCCAAUGUCGACCUCAUCAACCCACUGCUCAUCUCUAUCCGCCAUGGCUGCUUGAAGACAAUGAAGCUGCUUCUUGAUUAUGGAGCCAACAUUGAUGCCUAUGUUGCUUCCCACCCAACCACUUUCCCUGCUACCAUCAUGUUCUCGAUGAAGUAUCUUGUUCUGCUGAAAUUUCUUAUGGAUCUGGGCUGUGAUGCCAAUUCCUGUUUUAAGUGUAUGUAUGGGAAUGGCCCACAUCCUGCCAUUGAUAUGAGGAGGGACAGGUAUAAUGAGCCUCAGGUGAACAAGGAGCAAAAUGUGAUACAGUUUUGUGAAAUGGUUUCUACCCCAGAGAUGAGUCGUUGGGCAGGGCCGAUUAUCGAUGUUCUUCUGGACUAUGUGGGCAAUGUGCAGCUUUGUUCCCGACUGAUGGAGCAUAUUGACAGCUAUGAGGACUGGGCUAACAUUAAAAAUAAAGCAGAGCUCCCAAGACCACUUGCUCACCUCUGCCGGAUCAAAAUUCGAUGUACGAUUGGGAAGGGUCGUAUUUCACUUAUUGACACUCUACCUCUGCCAGGAAGGCUGCUUCGCUAUUUACAACAUGAUUUUACCCACUGAUCUCAGGUGAAUCUGGCAGUCAAUAGUUUCCUGGAAUGAUGUUUAUGCAAGAACACAGUCAUGUAAUGGAAACAGACUUAUAUAAUGGAAAUAAAGACUGGUUUUGCUAUGUAAGAAAGAAAGAAAAAAGAUGCCUGCAAAUCAGAGUGAUACAAAAAGCUAAUCCAUUUUGAAUAUGGAAAUCCAUAUUUUGAAUAUGGAAAAGAGGUGAAGGACUCAGCAUGUGGCCAAAAAAAAAUUGACACUAUUUUGCAAAGAAAAGCACACAAAAAAUUGAUAUGUUAAAUACCUUCAUGGUCUGCAAGGUGGAGAAGUUGAAAGAGAGCACAGGUCAGGUCCACUACAGAUUUUUCAUCUAUAUAAGCAUAACACAAAAACAUAGGAAGACGCUUUAUACCAAGAGGAGAUCAUUGGUCCAUUUAGCUCAGUAUUGUUGACACUGACUGACAGCAGCUUCUCCGGGGUUCUCAGUCCUACUUGGAGAUGCCAGGUUUUGAACCUGGGACCUUCUGCAUGCAAAGCAGAUGAUCUACCAUUGAGCUAUGGCCCCACACAAACAUAAUGUGUGAAUCAGGUGAUCAUCAUUCACAUCUUGUUGUAGUGACACUUUUUCCAGCUUUGGCAGUCAUAGGAAUUGCUUCCAAAUCUUCUCAUAAUUCCUUGGUUUGCACAUUAUGUUUGUCUAUAUGGCUACAUGUUGAGAGACAAUCAGCAUUGUUCAUAUGGUCAUCAAACAUAUUUUGUGAAUGGUCCCGUAACCAAAGGCAUCUUGUGCAAAGAUCGAGAAAUCCCCAGUGAUGGUUAAUAUUUAGUACAGUGUAGUGCAGGUUAUUGGCUUGCUAUAUUUUUAGUUUACUUUUCUGGAUUGAGCCAACUUUAUGGCGGUUCAUUCUGUCUCAUUUUGGCACCAAAUUGUUCACAUUUUUCUUCUAAUUUAUUUGGCCUUGAUGUGUAUUUAGUUGAUUUUAUUUCUAAAGUGAAAAAGGUCCUGAGCCUUUAAGACUGUUUUUGUUCCCAUAGAAGUCCUAUUGUAAACAUUUGAUCAAGUGAAGAAUUCAGGACUCCAGUAAAAAUUAAACAAAGAACCAACCAAUCAACCAGUUCUGGUCACCAUAUCUUAAGAAGGACAUUGUAGAACUGGGAAAAGUGCAGAAGAGGGCAACCAAGAUGAUCAGGGGCCUGGAGCACAUUCAAUAUGAGGCAAGGCUAAAGUAUCUGGGGCUCUUUAGUUUGGAAAAGAGGCAACUGUGAGGAGACGUGAUUGAGGUGUAUAAAAUUAUGCAUGGAGUUGAGACAGUGGACAGAGAGAUUUUCUCCCUCUCACAACACUAGAACCAGGGGUCAUCCCAUGAAACGGAAGGUUGGGAAAUUUAGGAUCAACAAAAGGAAGUACUUUUUCACACCGCACAUAAUUAAUCUAUGGAAUUCUCUGCCAUGGGAUGUGAUGAGGGCCACUAGCUUGGAUGGCUUUAAAAAGGGCUUAGACUAAUUCAUGGAGGACAGGUCUGUCAAUGGCUACUAGUCUGGUAGCUAUAGGCUACCUCCAGCCUCAGAGGCAAGAUGCAUCUGAAUACCAAAUGUAGGGGAGCAACAGCAGGAGAGAGGGCAUGCCCCCACCUCUUGCCUGUAGGCUUCUCAGAGGCAUCUGGUGGACCACUGUGUGAAACAGGAUGCUGGACUAGAUAGGCCUUGGGCCUGAUCCUGCAGGGCUGUUCUUAUAUUCUGUAAGGAUUUAACCCUUAGGAAGAGCUGUGUGUACAGAGGUAUAAGAAACACAAUUGGGUUUAAGUCUAUUGGCCUUUUGGCUGGGAAAGCAUUCUCUACCGCGUCAUCUGCUUGAAUUCUAAUGCCUCUGAAACCAAUAGUAGUUAACCCUUCUCUUAAAGCAGUAAUGAAAGAAAGAACAAAUUCAGGUCUUGCAUGGCUUCAGAAAAAAACUUCAGAUAAUAUCUGCAUUUUUCCUGUUUCUGGAAAACAUUCAUAGCAUUUUGCACAAUUCCAAAUAGGCCAUAUCAGCUUCAGAUCAAAUAUUUUUUGCUUGGUUGAAUUUGGAACCCUUGACUCUUAGCCUUGAUACAUAAACAGGAGCCUAAAUGGAACAUCCUUAACAGUGAACAACCUGUAGCUUAUUAAGUGGUAACUGAAAAGUAGCGGUAAAUAAUUCUUCCUUGGGUUGGCUGAGGUGCUUUUAAAUAAGCAAAGAGGGAGACUAUACCAGGUCUUGCACUGAUGUCUGUGGUUACCACUGGUUGCAGUUGUAACCUUUUCUUAUCCUCUUCAAACACAUGAGCAGUAAAUAGAUCUCCAAUGUAUCUUAUAAGUGGACUGUUUAAUUGGUGUAAGGUGUAGAGGCUUAUGCUUUGAAAAUAGGAUUUUGUUUGUUUUAGAAGAGUGACAUAAACAUUGAAGCUGAGCUAGCAAAGUAGACUCAGUUCAUUUAAAUGGAGUUCAUUAUUUGUGUCUCAGCUAUCCUUGGUGGGAAGUUCAAAACAGACUACAGGACACCUGGUAGACAGAACCACCUGAAACACUGUAAUGCAGGGGUGUCGUAUAAUGAGGAGUACAUAGCACAGGGUUUUUCCCCCCAUGUUGUAAAAAAGUAAUCUCAUGUACAGUAAUUAACAAGGUUGCCAUUUUGUUUAGUGCUUUAAAAAAAACUUGGAAAUGUUCUAACUGGUUGUGGAUGGAGCAAUGAUGUACUAAUUCUGUAACCUACAGUUUGGUGUUCAUAUUAUAUAGGAGCUAAGAAGGUGGGUCAGCUUACUGUUAGAGAAACGCAUAAUCACCUUGUGGAAUUCUCUGCCACAAGAUGUGGUGACAGCCAACAACCUGGAUGACUUUAAGAGGGGUUUGGAUGUCUUCAUGGAGGAGAGGUCGAUCAUCAGCUACUAGUCAGAGGGCUAUAGGCCACCUCCAGCCUCAAAGGCAGGAUGCCUCUGAGUACCAGUUGCAGGGGAGUAACAGCAGGAGAGAGGGCAUGCCCUCAACUCCUGCCUGUAGAUUUCCAGCAGCACCUGGUGGGCCACUGUGUGAAACAGGAUGCUGGACUAGAUGGGCCAUGGGCCUGAUCCAGCAGGACUGUUCUUAUGAAACAUUCACUUUACUUUUAUCCAGGACAUUGGAGAAAACAAAGCAGAGAAGCAGAGCUGGGGGGUUUUCUUAUCCCAUUCACAGAUAACCUGUAGAUUUGGAUUCCCAUUCACACGCCCAUCGGCCAGUAGCAAUUCUAGUCAGGCAGUUGGAUAUUCACUGCUGAAAAAAGGUUGUGCAAACCUCAGGAGAUUCAAGCGUAGCAGUGCACAUAAUAUAGACUGAGGCGGGAGCAAUCCCCUGAAAAGCUUCCCUGACAAUUGUGCUAUCACUUGAUUAUUCUUUGCCAUUUUUUUAACACAGUUGGUUUACAUUUAUUUGCACACAGUGCAUGCUACCUCGCUUAUUCAUUUGCCCCAAUCCAGUGACAGCAGUCCAUGUACGUUAAAAAGUGUUUAUGCACACAUCAGCUGGACUGGGUUUGCAAAAGGGUGCUGCAUAACAAAAAGCAAGACUGUUUCAGCACACGAUUAAUGUACAUAAAACUGAAUUUAUAACCCCACUUAAAUUCACACACAGCAGCCUGUUCUGGGGAACUGCAGGCAUAGCAGUGAGUAUUCAGACUUCUGCUCUUCUAGUAAUUUCCCAGAUCGAGACUGUAUUUUUACCAAAGUAUUUCACCAGUCACACCAAAUCUGUACAAAUUCUACUAUAUAGUCAAUGCAGCUUUAUAAAAGUAAUUGUACAUUUGAAAAAUACAUUAUUUAGGAUUUUAUAAAAAGGUUCUACAGUUCGAAUGUAUAGAAUGGUGGCAUAUGACAACAAAUGAUGAUAGGAAACCCCUAGUUACCAUAUGUCAGGUAUUUUAGGAAUAUUCUAGCACUUUUCCAGGAUAUUCUAGGAAUUUGUGACCUGAUUGAUGUAUUAUUUUAAAUAGGCAUGUUAUUUUGUGUUAUAAUGCACUUUUGAAUUUUGUUGGUUUUGUUACAACAGUUUUUCUAAAUUUUGGGUUUGGGGUAAAAGGAAUGGGUGUGUGCAGUAUUUAUAAAGACAUUUUGUAUUUUAUUGUUUGUGUUAAAUAAAAAUUACCUUCCAGAUA